AUGACAGCGCCCGCUUCCUUGACAGAAUUCGGCGAUGUUUGGACACGGCAACUCGACGGAUUGAGGAAUGACGCCGGUGCAAUCGAGAGCAGCAUGCUUGUCGCACAAGCAGUCGUCCGCCACCACGCCGCGCUCUUGAAUGCUUUGAACCGCGUAGUCUCUUUGCCUGCCGAAGUUCUGGAGUCCAUCUUCCUCGCCGUACAACUUACAGGACGAACAUCUGCGACUACUGAUCCCGUGAAUCGCGAUUGGUCCCACGAAUCAGAAUGGAUUCUCGUUACCCAUGUCUGUCGCCGAUGGAGGCAGAUAGCCCUCAGUUACCCUAGCCUGUGGACCGACAUCGACCUCAACACUUACGGCAUCCCACUCUGCAAAGAGAUGCUAAUCCGUGUUACCUCUCAUAAGUUCGCGCUCUCAGCCUCGCUUAACGCGCACGAGAACUUCUUGCUGGGGAUGGACCUCAGAACGCGGAUCCCCGGCCAGUUGUCGCGGCUGAAAUUGGACUUCGGCGAGAAUGUGACUCAUUCGGGAGCGUUUUUGGAUACCCUAUGGUCGCAAGCAGGCUCCGAAGCCCAUUCCGGACUUGCUCUCGAAGAACUGGACAUAUCUUACAGGAGCUCUAUCCUUAUGUUCUGGGCAUCUUUAGAGCUCGUUGUUCCCCGUCUGAAGUGUUUGCGCUUUACGCAUACGUGCCCUGGUGGCGGUGCACCAUCAUCUAUGAAGAUGCUUCGCGAUGUCACUUUCAACACGGUCGAUUUGACCUCUCGCGGCCGAGUUACGCCGGGCAUCCUGGACCUCGUUCCUUUGAUGCCCGUACUUGAGUCCGCCACUUUCAUCGGUUGCGUGUUCUCGCCUUUGGACGCGGACAAGGCAGCGUUGCCGUCGUCGAUGAAGCUUUUUCACUGUGAGGGCCACGAUGAGUGGUCUCUACAGCAGUGUCGCGCACUCUCCCGCAUGCUAAUGCAGACAACGGGUGACCGCGUAUUUGUCGUUGGAUCUGCCACUUCCCACGUAGCGGAGGAGUUAUUCGAGGAAGUCAAAGAUAUGGCCGACGUGGGAUUUGAUAUCACAGAGAUAACCGUGGAAGUUACCGGCUGGUAUACCACUAACGCCACCGUCACUCUCCAAAACACCUUGAAGGAAGAGGCAUCCUCCUUGUGCAUCAAGUACACGCGGAUGCCUUCGACGUGUUGGCCAACGUUCUGCUCCUCCAUGGAGGGUAUCGACAUGCAAGACGCUAGCGUACGACUCAUCUGCGAUCAAGCAACCUCCUGCAUGAUUUCCUCAGAUAACGACGAGCUCUACGGGCUCCGUGGUUGGACCAUGUCAAGACUGCAUCUCACGGGCAGAAUGGCGUCCUGGACCGCUGCCGACAUCUUCAUCGCACUGCGUGCGCCGAUCGAGGGUGGUGGCCCCAGCGUGGCGUUUCCGUGUCUGCAAGACUUCUGCCUAGAGCAUUCCCCUUCCUCCGCAACAGUGGAGAUACCCAAUCUGGACAUGGUGCAGGUCGAUGACCUGUAUAAGGAGCUGGAUGAAGGGGCGCUGUACCUUCUGUGGUACGCUCGCCAGCGGCGAGAUCAAGAUCUCGGCCUUUUGCGGACCGUGGCGCUUCCCACGGAUCUCCUGCAACGACAAUGGGUCAUCGAACUGAACGACCUCCUGGAGAGGAGAGUCAUCACGUAUGACGAGUAUAUGGCCGAAGAGGACGGUGAAGGUGACGAUACGGAGACGACUGAAUGCCGAGCCGUCGUUCUUUACCGCCCUGUCAUGCGUGCAUUGAGGUUCUGGGAGACAUGGAUCCUGCCGUUUGUCCCAGCGAUCACAACGCUUGGCAUAUUGUGGACACGUUCGCGCAUCACAUGA